AUGAACCGGAUCCUCGGCCAGGGAGGCCAAGGAACCGUUUACAAAGGAAUGUUAACAGAUGGAAAAAUUGUUGCAAUCAAGAAGUCCAAAAAGGUGGAUGAAAGCCAACUCGAACAGUUCAUCAACGAGGUUGUCAUUUUAUCACAAAUAAACCACAGGAAUGUAGUUAAGUUACUUGGAUGUUGUUUGGAGACAGAAGUUCCAAUGUUGGUGUACGAGUUCAUCCCUAAUGGAACUCUCUUCCAUUACAUCCAUGACCAAAAUGAAGAGUUCCCGCUUACCUGGGAGUUACGCUUGCGGAUUGCUGCAGAAGUUGCAGGGCAAAAGUCGCUGAUUUUGGCACUUCGAGAUCAGUUUCGGUUGAUCAAACUCACUUAACCACAUUAGUGCAUGGGACCUUUGGUUACUUGGACCCUGAAUACUUCCGGUCAAGUCAAUUCACAGAAAAGAGUGAUGUCUAUAGUUUUGGGGUAGUAAUCGUCGAGUUAUUAACUGGGCAAAAGCCAAUUUUGUCUGCUAAAUCAACUGAAGAAGGGAAAAGUCUAGCUGCAUACUUCAUAUUGGCAAUGAAGGAGAACCGCUUGAAUGACAUUCUGGAUGCUCGAGUGGUGAAAGAGGGUGGGAAAGAAGAGAUUCUGGUUGUUGCUAGGAUUGCAAAGAGAUGCUUGAACAUGAAUGGAAGGAAAAGACCUACAAUGAGGGAGGUUAUGAUGGAGUUGGAAGGUAUGAAAAUGUCGAAUGGAGGAUCAAGUCCUGUAAUGUAGACUCAUUUUGAAGAGGAUGACUACGCCGUGGAUGAAAUUACUGAACCCUGGGAUCCUCCUGCUUCUUCUUCGACGGGAUCAUUUUUCAGUGGAAGCACAAUCCAAGUAUCAGAUGUCAAACCGCUAUUGUUUGACAAGUCGGUUUGACAAGUGAUUGUAGUGACAAA